AUGAGCGUCACAUUCGAAGUUUUCCGUGGUUCCAAGGAGGGAAAGAUCGUUGCCGACAAGACCACCCGCACCCUGCAGCCCAAUGAGGUCUACAUUGAGACCACACACUCCGGUCUCUGCGGUACAGACGAGCACUUCCUCUGCUCCGGCCAGGUUCUUGGCCACGAGGGUGUUGGUGUCGUGCGAGAGAUUGGACGUGACGUCACCAAUGUCAAGGUCGGCGCUCGCGUCGGCUUCGGAUACACCCACUAUGUGUGCGGAACCUGUGAACAGUGCUUGAGCGGCUGGGACCAGUACUGUGAGAACAAGAAGGAAUAUGGUAGUCACGAUCACGAUCUUGGAUCCUUCAGCGAGGGUGUCGUUUGGGAUGCUGGCUGCGUCGUCCCCAUUCCUGAUGGAUAUGACUCCGCCGAUGCCGCCCCAUUGAUGUGUGCCGGUGCCACUGUCUGGACUAUCCUGACGGAGUACGGUGUUCGUCCCACGGACCGCGUUGCUGUUAUGGGUAUUGGUGGCCUAGGCCACUUGGCGAUCAAGCUGGCCGCCGCGAUAGGAUGUCACGUCGUCGUUCUGUCCAGUUCCGAGGCCAAGCGUGAGGAGGCAAUGGCCUUCGGUGCGUCCGAGUACCACGUCUUCAAGGCCGGUCAAGAGAUCAAGAAUUUCAAGCCAGUGAACCAUCUCUUGCUCUGCGGUAGUGCCAGUGUCGACUAUCAAUCUCUGAUGCCAUUGAUGGACAUUCAUGGCUCCAUCUACCCAUUGACUGUCGACCUGACUCCCUCACCCGUCCCUCUGCUCAGGAUGUGCCUCAAGGGUGUCCGUGUCCAGGGAUCUCUUGUUGCAUCUCGCCGCAGUCUGCGCUCAUUGAUGCAAUUCGCCGCCGAGAAGAAGAUCACUCCAACCACCAUGACCUUCCCAUUGGAUGUCGAGGGAGUUGAGAAGGCCAUGCAGACCCUUCGUGAUGGCAAGAUGCGAUACCGUGGUGUCCUCAUUCGUCAGUAA